CCGGGAAAUAAUAAGUAAGAAGAAGACGGACAACAAAAUAAGUUCAUAGUAGACAGCGAUAAUUGAACAACUAAGCUUUUAUACGUAUUAGUAAUAGUUUGUAACGAUGGCUGUGUCUUACGCGAAGUAUUACAUUUAGGUUUUCAGGAAUGAUAUCUAUUCACGUUAAUGCCCCGUAAAGCCAGAAACACAGAUAAGCCUGCCCUGUUGUUCGUGGAGCGGCCUGUGUGUGGAGCCAGACUCCAAAAUGUGCCUGAAGUCCGAGCAGCACUCAACCCCAAAGACUUUUUCUCAGAGUCACAAACACAGGACAGUUCAGCUCUUAAUUCUUGGGUAAGUCCGCAAUUUGACUGCUCAGUUGAAGCUGCAGCUCCAGUGAGACGAGGGAGGAGAAAAUGCCAAUCUGUCACAAGCAUCCUUGACAGUUGCAGUCAGCUGUCCAGAAAAAAAACCAGCGUGUGCAAAUUCCCCCAAUUAUCCUUUCAGACAAGGUCAAGAGACCAAUCUCAUCAACCAAAGAGCAAACGCUCAAAGAAAUCUGCAGCGGCUACUGUUGUGUCUGAUGUGGGAAAUCAACCUCGGGGAUCAUGCCAAAUCAAAAGGACAGCUUCAAGCGCACAGCACUCGGACACACCAAAAAGGCCGCCAACCUCAAUCAGAAUACGUAAUGUGGAGAGAUUUUCUGAUGGUGCUGCAACCUCCAGUAGAUGUGUGGACCAGCCUGAAACUCCACCAAUUCAAGUGACAGAGAAAUGCAGAACUCCAGCAGGUGGUGUUUCAACACCUGCCACCAAUGUGUUCAGCCCCAGCAGUGUCAGUCCACCACCUGAUGUGGACACUCCAAAAGUAAUCCAAGAGGGAAAUAGUUGUCCCUCCUCCUCCUAUUUACACCUGCUCCAGGCUCAGCCAUGUACACCACCAUGUAAUCAGCCACCUGACAUUUUAGUGGCUGACACACCAGAGAGGGAUUAUGGGCUGAAGGUGACAUGGCGGAGGAGAAAGAGUGAGAUGUUGCGGUUAAAAGAGAGGGGCCAUCUCUCUGAUUCAGAUGUGUUAAUUAACAGCUGAUGUAGAUAUUUGGUAAGAACAGAAUAAGGCAAUGAUGUCAACAGUCACUGACCACUUUUGUGUCCAGAUUUCUUUCUAUUAACUGUUUUCAUUUCAUUGAAUUGAGCUGCUGCAUUUUGACUCUUUACUUUGAUUGAAGAUCGAUCAUAAUGAUGAGACGAGGAUGUUAUAUGAUACAGACAUGCAAAUAAAACACCACCUUGCCUACAUAGGUGCAAGACACACAAACUUUAUAACUGUUUAACCUCUAUUUGUUGUUGUUGUGUGUGUCUUUGUGGUCAUUUUGCUUCUCCUUGUGGUUUUUUUUUUUGCAAAUAUCAUGGUUAUAGUGAGUCUCUUGUGUGACUCUGCAGCUGUUUUCUAACUCUUUGUUGGUUUUGGUCCAGGCUUUUUAUGUUACUUUGUGGUCAUUUUAAAGUCACUUUCUGGAUGGUACAUGUGUCUUUGAGUGACAUUUUGUAGGUAAAGGCUAGACGGAAGGCCUAUCUAUUCAUGCCAUGGUAAUAAUCAUUGUAAGAAUCAAAUAAAUACGUAAAGAAAUUUCCAAAUUGCAAUAAAUACACCAACUUCCAAA